UUCCAGACAUGCCAGCGCACGAAACACGAUUGAAAAUAGUUUUGGAAUACUGUCCGCUAGAUGGAAAAUACUAGAUCGACCACUAAAUUUUAAACUGUCCACCUCUGUCAUGUUCGUGCAAGCUUUAACCCGCUUGCACAAUUUUAUCAUUACAGAGGAACUGAUCAAAUCGCAAGAAAAUAGAAGAUAUGCUCCCUGGCAAUUAACUGAUCAACUUAAUGAAAAUGAAAUCAUACUACCAGUUCAAUGGAGACAACCGAGUGAAGACGUUAAUGUGCAACGUAACAUAGCAGAUGUUGGUGGAGUGAGAGGGACAGUUGAACAGCGGAAUAGAAUGGCCGAUUACUUCAUGACGGCUGAAAGAACAGUGGCUUGGCAGUGGACGCAUCUUCGCACCGGCGCAGGAGACUCAAUCCGUGACGGAUAUGGAUUAAAAUUUGUCAGCGGUUUUCCAGAAACAAUCACCAGGUCCAACGUUCGUGCUAGAAAAUAAUUUCCAUUCGCAACCGGAGUUCGAGUUAAAACGUCAGUCGUAAACGAUUACUGUUUCAUUUGUGAUCCCUGUUCUUGGGAAAUUUAUUUACAGUUAUUUAAAGAAAGAAUAUUAAUGUGAUAUUUUAUUCAACUUUAGAAUCAGCUUCAAAAGCUGGUUUCGACUUACCAGAAUCAGCGCAGGAGACUGAAUUUCUUACGGUUAUUUGGCAACAAUCAUCGGCUGCUUUGUGCAAACAAUUACCGCAACCGACGUCAGGAAGAUUUUCGAAUUUUGUGAAAAAUAUUUCAAACAAGAAAUCAUCAUUUCACACUGAGCGUAAUUUUUCUUAACCUGGAACUACUUCCAGGUCUGACAUUCAAAGACGUCGCUCUUCAGGGAAGUGGAUAUUGCCUUCGUUCCCUGAAUAUUGAAGACCUCGACCAUUGGGAUCUGUUCGUCAACCGAGAAGGCAUAAUCGGGAAAAUAUGGUUGUUCUUCCUCCAGAUGAAUUUAAAAGGAAAAGAAGCACGGGUCGUGAUUCUGAAGAAAGAGAGACAUUUUUAAGGACUAGUAAAGCAAUUGCUGCGUUGGCAGUGACCGCUACAGAGGAGCUAAAGGAGCCGGUACCAGCAAAUAGAAAUAUACGUUCAAAUUCAGACUUAGCAGCAGAAGAGGGUGAAGACAAUAAAGAAAAUAAAUGUGGAUACACCAUAGAACUUUUAAAAGUGUUCAAAGCACUUCCAGAAAAAUUGUAUUUCUCGGUUUUUAUUAGCAUAAUGAAUUACAUGAUAAAAGAAUGUGAACCUGAUUUCGACUAAUACAGUCUGGAAUUUUUCAAACGUGUGUAAAAGAUUCUAAAGCAAAAUUUUGCAAUUUUCCCAUAUUACAUAAUUGUAGGAAAAAAUUGAAAAGGUUAAAAAGAUAUUCAGAAGUUUUCAAAUGAAUGAAAUAUUAUUGAAAAUUGUAAACAUUUUGUAAAAAAUUUUGUAAAAGUUUUCACGAAAACGAAAAAUAGUGUUUAGGUUCCUAGCAAGAUUAAAUAAAAGUAUUUUUUAAUAUUCAUGUAAAAAAUUUUAAUCCUUUUCUUUUGAAAAAGGAAGUUUAAUAGACAAUUAAACAAACUUUUAAACAUAUCAAUAUCAAACCAUAAUAAAAUUAAAUAAUAAUUUAAUAAAAUGGAGUAAUGGCAAGAAAUAUUUAGAAGAGUUGAAGAGCUUUAACAAGAAUUUGAAACAUGAAAAAUUUUUUAGAAAUGUAGAUUUAUAGAUUUCAAAAAUAAAGUUUAGAAGCUUUAAAAUAGUUGUGAAAGCUUUCAGCAGAAAUAACACAUUUUAUUAAAAUUCCUGGGAUAAUUUAGAAGAUUACAUGGCAAAUUUCUUACAUUUUGAAUGAUUUUUCGAAAU